CCAACUGAAUAUUUUGUCCAUAUAUGUACAAAUAGUGAACAGCUCAUAAAAAACCUUCCCCUUUGUCUUUCUCUUUCUUAUUUCCUUAUAUACCACGACUCUACAAAAAAAUUUAAACACCUAGAAAACUCUAUAAGAAACUUCUAAACUUUCUAUUAACCGAAAAAAAAAAAAAAUGGUGAAUUUUCAUCUGAAUAUUUUUAUUUUGUGUUCUAUUUUUGUUAUAGUUUCUGGGUUUUCAAAAAAGCUUCAAAGGUUGACGUUUGAUGAAGGGUAUACACAACUAUUUGGCCAUGAUAAUCUUAUGGUUCUUGAAGAUGGAAAUUCUGUUCAUAUAUCUCUAGAUGAAAGAACAGGAGCUGGAUUUGUGUCUCAAGACAUCUACCUUCAUGGCUUGUUCAGUGCUUCUAUUAAAUUACCGGCUGAUUACACUGCUGGAGUAGUAGUUGCAUUUUAUAUGUCAAAUGGAGACAUGUUUGAGAAGAACCAUGAUGAAAUUGACUUUGAGUUCUUGGGAAAUAUUAGAGCAAAAAACUGGAGGAUUCAAACUAACAUUUAUGGAAAUGGUAGCACAAAUGUUGGCAGAGAAGAAAGAUAUGGACUACGGUUUGAUCCAACUGAAGAUUUUCAUACAUACACCAUCCUAUGGACUGAGAACCACAUCAUCUUUUAUAUAGAUAAUGUCCCCAUAAGAGAGAUCAAGAGGACACAAGCAAUGGGUGGGGACUUCCCUUCUAAGCCAAUGUCUUUAUAUGCAACAAUAUGGGAUGGAUCUAGCUGGGCUACCAAUGGAGGCAAAUACAAAGUCAAUUACAAAUAUGCCCCUUACGUCGCCAAGUUCUCUGAUUUCGUCCUCCACGGAUGUUCAGUUGAUCCAAUUGAAUUGUCACCUAAAUGUGACACUGUCCAAAAUUCUGCAUCCAUUCCAACUGGUAUAUCCCCUGAUCAAAGACGAAAAAUGGAGAGCCUUAGGAAAAAACACUUGCAAUAUUCAUAUUGCUAUGACCGAACACGAUACAAGGUCCCUCUAUCUGAAUGCGUAAUUGAUCCUAAGGAAGCUGAUCGUCUCCGAGGGUUUGACCCCGUGACCUUCGGUGGCGUCCAACACCAUCACAAUAAACAUCGCCACCAGAGGCAAUCGAGGAGGGAAGAUGCUUCGUCUAUAUAAAAAGAAGGGUAUUGUAGUUUGUCUACAUUGAGAUGUUGAUAUUUUUAUCCAGCUUGAUUGAGGUUAUGGUAAUUUUUUCUUGUGAAUAGAAAAUAUAGAAAAGAGGAGAGGUAAAUGGGAUUUAGUACUCUAUAUUUGUCAUGAGUUCAUACCUUUAGGGGUCCUAGCUUGCUCUUACUGAUGUCUAGUCUUUGUGCUUCUAUUAUAAGUUCAAUUUGAUGAUGAUUUUUUGUGUACUAUGGUUGAUAUUCUGAAUAAAUAAUACAUAAUUUUAGCUAACA